GCGCGGUCCAGCUCGUCUGUUCCACUCGCCCCACCUAAGUUAAGCUCGAAGGGUAGCCGCGCACCAUGGCCGCCGCAAAGAACCACCGCAUUGUGCCCCUCCUCCUUGUUGUCGCGGCCACACUGAUCGCGCAGCUCGCGCCGGCCACGGCCUGCCCGUACUGCCCGACUCCGAAGCCUUCGCCGCCGCCUCCUUCACCACCCCCGCCGCCGCCCCCGACGGUGAAGCCGCCGCCGACGCCCGUGCCGUGCCCGCCGCCGCCGUCUACUCCCACCCCGUCCCCGCCGUACACGCCGUCGCCGACUGGCAAGUGUCCCGUGAACACGCUGAAGCUGCUGGCGUGCGUGGACGCGCUCAACGGCCUGGUGCACGCGGUGGUCGGGGCCAAGGCCAGCGAGGCGUGCUGCCCGCUGCUCUCCGGCGUUGCCGACCUCGACGCCGCGCUCUGCCUCUGCACCGCCAUCAAGGCCAAGGCGCUCAGCGUCAGCCUCGUGCUGCCCAUCGCCAUCGAGGUUCUCGUCAACGAGUGCGACAAGCACGUGCCUUCAAGCUUCCAGUGCCCGUAAUUUAUUUCGCUAAUUACUCCAUAUGUGUAUGGAUUAAGUUAUUAUAGUACGUAAAUGAUGGUGAAUCUGUCAUGUCACAUCCAUGCAUCUCUCUCUCACACACACACAUAUAGCUUUUAUAAGCAUAUAGCUUUUAUACAUGAGCUCUGACUUGUGCUGUGGAGCUGUGGCUUGUCCAUUUUGUAAUUGUAUACCAAUAUUGUAUCAUGAACCCGUGAGAUUUGUGGUCUUAGGGCUUGUAGUGACUAAAAAAACUUAUGAAUAAAGUGUGUGUAAUCUAGUACAUAUAUUAAAGGGAUAAGAUCUAAAGGGAUUCUAAGAGUUAA